UACCGGGAAACGGGUUGGCCAGGCUAUAUAUAUAUAUAUUUGUCUCUGGAUAAGACCAGCAAGCGAUUUCCGUUUGCACUUUGUUGAUUAUUUUCUGUAUUCGUCAUCAUCAUGUCGAGGCAUUGGGUUAUUUCCUAUUUUGUCUUAUUAUCUAUUGUAGGACUACUUGCAGAAGAUGUUACAGAAAAGGAUGACUCUGAGGACAACUAUAUUCUUGAGGAUGAUUAUUAUGAUGAUUACAAUCCACCAGCAACGACAGGAAAGGGUGUUGAGCAGGGACAACAGGAAGGUCAACAGACUCCACAGGGAUCUAGAUACCAAACUACACUGAGAUCAGAAAACAGUGAACAGGGAACAACAGUGAAAUCAGGACAAAAUCUUACAGUUUCAGAAGAACUGGUAGUUAAACAUGUUUCAAUAGGACUUAAUAAAACACGUACCCAACAGGAAACUGAACAGACAGGAGCUGGGCAUGGUCAACAUAAAGCAGCAGAACAACAGAGACAAAGUCAACAGGGAUCUGGACAGGGUCAACAGGGAUUGGAACAGGGUCAACAGGGAUCGGGACAGGGUCAACCACCAGGACAGAGUACACCAUCGGGGCAGGGUCAACCACAAGGAGCAGGACAGGGUCAACCACAAGGAGCAGGACAGGGUCAACCUUCUGCAGGACAAGGUCUGGGACAACCACAAGGAGCAGGACAGGGUCUAGGACAACCACAAGGAGCAGGACAGGGUCAGGGACUACCACAAGGAGCAGGACAGGGUCUGGGACAACCACAAGGAGCAGGACAGGGUCUGGGACAACCACAAGGAGCAGGACAGGGUCUGGGACAACCACAAGGAGCAGGACAGGGUCUGGGACAACCACAAGGAGCAGGACAGGGUCUGGGACAACCACAAGGAGCAGGACAGGGUCUGGGACAACCACACGGUGCAGGACAGGGUCUGGGUCAACCACAAGGAGCAGGACAUGGUCAACCACAAGGAGCAGGACAGGGUAAAUCACAAGGAGCAGGACAGGGUCAACCACAAGGAGUAGGACAGGGUCAACCUUCUGCAGGACAAGGUCUGGGACAACCACAAAGAGAAGGACAGGGUCUGAGUCAACCACAAGGAGCAGGACAGGGUCUUGGACAACCACAAGGAGCAGGACAGGGUCUGGGACAACCACAAGGAGCAGGACAGGGUCUGGGACAACCACAAGGAGCAGGACAGGGUCUGGGACAACCACAAGGAGCAGGACAGGGUCUGGGACUACCACAAGGAGCAGGACAGGGUCUGGGACAACCACAAGGAGCAGGACAGGGUCUGGGUCAACCACAAAUAGAAGUACAGGGUCUGGGACAACCACAAGGAGCAGGACAGGGUCUGGGACAACCACAAGGAGCAGGACAGGGUCAGGGACUACCACAAGGAGCAGGACAGGGUCUGGGAAAACCACAAGGAGCAGGACAGGGUCUGGGACAACCACAAGGAGCAGGACAGGGUCUGGGACAACCACAAGGAGCAGGACAGGGUCUGGGUCAACCACAAAUAGAAGUACAGGGUCUGGGACUACCACAAGGAGCAGGACAGGGUCUGGGACAACCACAAGGAGCAGGACAGGGUCAGGGACUACCACAAGGAGCAGGACAGGGUCUGGGACAACCACAAGGAGCAGGACAGGGUCUGGGACAACCACAAGGAGCAGGACAGGGUCUGGGUCAACCACAAAGAGCAGAUCAGGGUCUGGGACAACCACAAAUAGAAGUACAGGGUCUGGGACAACCACAAGGAACAGGACAGGGUCUGGGUCAACCACAAGGAGAAGGACAGGGUCUGGGUCAACCACAAGGAGCAGGACAGGGUACACCACAAGGAGUAGGACAGGAUCAACAGGGACAGGCAUCUGAACAGGAAUCUGGUGACCGUCAACUUGAAUCGCCUUCUUCAGGUCAUUUUAUGGGAUAUUUCUUAACAUUAAUUGUUUUAUGUGUUGCUGGAUAUGUUGUAUUCCAUAAUAAACAAAAGAUUAUCGCUUUUAUCAUAGAAGGUCGGACUGGUCGUCAGAGAAGACGGGGUAAUGAUAGUGGUGGUGAUUAUAAAAGAUUACAGAGUAAUGUGGAAGAAGUUAUGCCGUCUUUAGAUAAAACAACUACAUCCAAGAAUUUUAUCUAUUAAACAAGUUCUUAUUAAGACGCACUGUAUGAUUUGUUUAUAUGUAGUACUUAACUAAAGCAAAAGUUGCAUUUAUAACGGAAACAAGUUCAAGAAAUUAAAAUGAGCAAGUGGUUGCUGAAUUCAAUAAGGGAACUGUUUUUUUUUAUGCUAUUUCAGUUGGAACUCGCUAGAAAAUGAGUUGGUCCAAAAUUAAUAACCAAUAGAAUAGUGAAAAAUCCAUAUUCCAUUUUUAGAAAACAUUUUGGCAAUGCUUUAUAGUAAAAAUUGCUGUACAGUAAUAGUAUGAAAUCGCAAAAUCCUGUCUAAAAGUUACUGUUCCAAUUAAUUUGAAUUUUGUUGCAGGGAGGGAUAUAGACACAAAUCUAAAAUUAACUUUAAUUAUCAUUAAGUUGUGUACUGUAUGAUAUUUCUAUGGUAAAAUAGAUUUUGUAAAACAUUGUACAAUUAUUUUUGUGAUAAUUUAGAAAUUUCCUGUAUAUGCAAUAGCAUUAACCACUAUUGAAUGGCUUGUUCCUGAUACGGUAGAUGCUAAGGUGAUUGUUUUGCAGUUACCGUGUUUUCACUAUAAAUAACAUAAUAAAUUUUAUUAUAUUUCUUAUUGAGGCAAAUCUUGGUUAUAUUUAAGUUGGGUAAAAGUAGAUGAAAUUGUUAUAUUUAAUGGCUAACAGUAUUGUGAUAUAUUUAUGUAUUUAAAAGAACAGUAAUGCUAUAUUCUUCAAACUAGAAUUUUUGCCACAUAUAUUCUUAUAUUAUAUAACAAAUUUAGAAAUUUCUUAUAGCAGUAUUCCAAAGCUAUAAUUUAAUGAGCCGCCAGUAUAAAAGUUGUCUUGGAAAUUGUGGUUAGUUUUAGGAGAAUCUGACAUAUUUGAUCAAAUCUUUCUACAUCUUCAUACUUUUUUUAUGCUUCUUCAUGGGUAUACUUAAUGUGAAUAAAGAUAUUAAAGUUUUUGAUUUGUUAUCAAAUUCUAAAUUAGUUCAUAUCAUAAGAUGCAGCUCAUAAUGAAAUAAUUGAUGACAACAUUAUGCAUAUAAUGUGGUCUCAGUAGUUAUCAUAACAGUGGCAAGCACAAGUCUGUGAUGGUGAUGAUUUAUUGUAAUUAUAUGUAUGACAUAUGGAACUUCUACUGUACCCAUUAAAAACUUCUGAAAAGAUUCUAUAAAGGGAAAUGGUAUUUUAUUUUAUUAAAAGUCAUGUAAUUUAAUUUUGUAGAGGUGGUUUUGUGAAAGCUUCCAGAUUAUAUAAAGAUCAGAACUGUGGAAUUAAAUAUAUUGUAUAGUUUUGAACCUGUAAAUUAUUUAAGAAUCCACCCAUCUCUAUACCUUAUUCUAUGUAAACAUGUACAUGUGUAUAGAUAUUGAUCUAAUGUAAACUCAUGCCUUUACUUUCAAUGCCAUAUCGAUCAAUUCAUUCAGACCAUUAAUGUUCUUUGCAUUUUUUUUUCGUUUCCUAAAUGCACACAAGGGUUUUUAUUAAAAAUUAAGAUUGUGUGUGAAUUGGAACUGGUUGUGAAAGUAAAUAAAAAUUAUAAUUAUAGAAGAUGGCCUAUUUGUAAAUAAUAAUGGGUGUGACUGUUACACGAGAGCAUCUUUUUUUUUCUAUUGCUUAUUAUCAUCACAAGAUUAAUGUUUGUUGUAAAUAAAAUGGGGUAACUUUUUAAAAUUGAUUUAUGCAAUAACUACUUUCAUGAUUUAUUGUCCCUUGCCUUUACAUAAUGUCUGUCUGUAACACAUUGUGGGACACAGUAUUAAUCUGCUUCUAAUUGAGCUAGAAAUCUUUGUUACAUUGUUGUUUUGACGAUAUCAAUAAUGCACAUUUUCUGCCGAGAGGAUAAGUAAUUUGAUUGGUUGAGACUUCUGAACACAAUAACAGAUUCUAACUGUGUGAUAAUUUUGGAAUUUGGUGUAUAGUUUCAUUAUAUCAAUACCUUGACUGAAGUUCAGUUAUAAGCAUUUUCUGCUUAGGCUAAUUCACAAGAGUCUUAAAUUUCUUUGGUCAAGACUUCUCCUUCUUUUUGAGGUAGAAUGUUCAAACUUGUGUAGGUGUUUAUUAGUUAAAUGGCUUGACUGGGUUCAAUGAUAAGUAAUUUCUGCCAAGGCCAAGCAGAGAUAAAUAAUUUCAUUGGUCGAGACUUUGUGGUCAGACUUGGAAGUAUAGUUUAAAUACCUUAAAUAAGUUUGAUCAUGGGCAUUUUCUGCUGAGGCUAAGUUUGAUUGCCCAAUAAAUGUGUAUGUAUGUGUCAUCUUUUUAUUUUGCAAUUGAGGCAGGGGACAUUAAACUUCAUUGUUGGCUUGUUUUAUUAUUCAUUAGCAUAGUAUUUUCAUUACAUAUUCGUGACCUUCUUAUAUGUUUUAUAAUAGAUUUUGACAAAACUCGAAAAUUGAUUUAAUGUUAACUUUUAUGUGUAUUUGGGCAUUUGUAUGAUUACCAUACAAAAUUACAUAUACUGUAUUUUGUUAAAUUUCAAGAUAAAAUUAUUUCAUUGUGUGUAGAUUUAAAGUUUAGAAAAACAUGGUCUUUAAAUCUCACCUUAAAAAAGAUAUAUUUCUGUGAUACAGUACAUUAAUUUAUUAACAUUUCAUCCUGCCAUAUAUUAUUGCUUGUUUUAUGAAAGGAAUAUAGAUAUGGUCCAUUAGCAUAAUUGUCCUCUUUAAGUUUUCAUUUUAUUUUUACUUAAAAAUUAUAUAUUUUUUUAUAUUUGUUGUUAUUGUAAGGCAAGACAAAGUAGAAAUCUUGUUGGUAAUUCUUAAAGGAGGUUAUUUAUUAAAUGCUGUUUGUACAUCAAAUUAUGGAGAUUUCAAUAAAAUGGUUUUUGCUUAAA